AUCGAAUUCGAUUCCAUGGUUUGGACGUUUGGCAGCCACGAUUAACCAGCGCGACGGAUCCCACGCCGGACGCCUCGUCGUUGGUGAGCCCCUCGCUGCCGCCGCCGCUGUCCGUCGCCGGGUCGAGAGGGGCAGGAAGAAGCAGGCAAGAUGAAGACGACCAAGGGGGGGAAGGUGAUGAACCCCACCGACGCCUUCCGCAAGGAGCAGCGGAAGAAGGAGCUCAAGCGGGCGGUACUGGAUGAAUAUUAUUGGACGGGAACAUAAAGAACUACAUGUACAUGUCGGCGUACAUGUACUGUAUCAACUCUUCAAAAAAAUCUGAUAUUUGUGGCGAGGAUAUGUCAGUGUUUAGAAGAUGGGAUGGUGGUUGGAAUUUUGAAAGUUUGCAUCAAUUAUGAGAACAAAAAAGAAAGGAAGAAGGUGCGGGAGGUUGGUAUUUUGAAAAAGGAUCCAGAGUCUAUACGGGAGCAGAUUGAGAAAUUGGAGAAGAUGAAGGCUGAUGGUGCUCUUGACAAGGCUAGGAAACAUAAGAAAAGGCAGCUUGAGGAUUCAUAUAAUCUUAUUGUUAAGAAAAGAAAGGAAUAUGAACAGAAAAUGAAAGAGAAGGGCGAGCAACCGGUUAUGUUUAGCCAUCUUGGACCACCAAAGAGGCGGCCUGCAGCAGAUGAAGACGAUAGAGCUAAAAAUCCUAAGCCUGAGGACUCUGUUUACUAUCAUCCAACCUUAAAUCCAUCUGGGGCACCACCACCUGGCAAACCUCCCAUGUACAAAUCAUCUAUAGGGCCAAGGAUCCCACUGCCUUCUUCAUCCAGUGCUGGGGCCUCAUCUUCCAUGUCAGAGUCUGAAGCAGGUCCAUCCACCCUGCCACCCCCUCCACCGCCACCACCAUUGCCAGCAACUUCAGAACCCAUUGAUCCAUCUGCUCCUUCUUUACCUUUACCCCCACUUCCGCCCCCACCCCCACCCCCACCUAAGCCUAUCAGUGACGCAACUGCACCAAGCUUACCUCCUCCACCUCCACCUCCCGGCCCACCUCCAAGAGAACCUAUGUCAGGUCAUACAUUGCUUCCACCGCUUCCACCUCCACCGCAGAGGCCUUUGAAUCCACCACCGGGGCCUGAUGCGAAGGAGAUUAAACAAAGCAUUGGAGAGGGUGCAAGCGUAACAGAUUCUGCUCAGCCCACAGCUGUCCUGCCUCCACCGCCACCACCGCCUGGGCUGCCACCAAAAUCAAAUGACAUGGAGGUUGCUCACAAUUCCAAGGACGCUCUUGGAUUCAAAGAAGAAGCUGCUGCAAGGGUCUUACCGCCGCCUCCACCAGUGUCAUCAAAUUUGCUUUCUUUACCUCCAAGGCCUCCAAUGCAACCUGAUAUGCUAGCUCCUGGAGUUGUGAGAUUUCCACCACCUCCGCCACCGCCAGAUUCAAGGCCGCCACUUAUGGCUCCUGGAGUUGCCAGACCCCCUCCACCUCCUCCGGGAUUACCCCCGGCUCAAAUGUCAAUGGCACCUUAUGGUGUACUCCCUGGUCCACCACCAAUGUUUAUGCCCCCAUUUUUGCCAGGACCGCCUGUUCGACCAGAUGAGUUUGCUGCCUUUGCACCAAGGCCUCAGUUACCUCAGCAGCCAUCAUAUGUGAAGUCGGCUGCUCCUACAGUUGUAAAGAGACCAUUAGCACAACACACUCCUGAGCUAACGGCUAUGGUUCCCGCAUCAGUUAGAGUCAAGCGAGAAUCUGCUCUCCCCAAACCAAAACCAAAGGUGCAGCAGUCAUCAACACCAUCCGCUUCGAAGCCUUCAGUGACCUUCAUAAAAUCUGAGGCCCAGCCUUCUUCAUCAGCACCCAAGCAACAAAGCAUCGAUGAUUCUUAUUUGGCGUUCUUGGAAGAUAUGAAGGAACUAGGUGCUCUUGAUGAGUAGCUCGACUAGAUUACAUGUCUGGUUGCACUUAGCAGCUGCUGUCAUGAACCUGAACAUGCUUCCCAUCUUUGGUUUGUGCCUAGUGAAUAGUCUUUCCUGCUAAGGUACUCAGAAAUCAUUUUAUAUCCCCCAUUAGCAAAAAAAAGUUUUUAACAUGUAUUUAAGUGAAAAAUGGGGAGAACUGUAAUCGAUCCUUUUCAUUCCAGAUUAUUCUGCAGCAUCACUGUACCAAGUCAAAACAUUAGACCAUUUGACA